AAGCUGGAGGUUAGGAAAGAAGCUGUAUUGAUCAAAUUACCACUCAUAUCACUUCCAUUUCUUCUCAAACCCUGUCCAGGAGACAAGAAACAUGGAGCUGAAGAACUCCAGCAGCAGCACUUCAGAAUUUAUUCUCCUGGGCAUCUCUUCCAACCCUCAACUGCAGAAACCCCUCUUUGUCAUCUUCCUUGUCAUGUACCUGGUCACUCUAGCAGGAAAUGUACUCAUCAUCUUGGUCAUCUAUUCUGACUCCCGGCUUCAUACACCGAUGUACUUUUUUCUCAGCAGCCUAUCCUUUAUGGAUAUCUCCUUAACAACAGUCAUUGUGCCCAAGAUGCUGGUGAAUUUACUGUCAGAGACAAAGUCUAUCUCCUUUGUGGGCUGUCUGGUCCAGAUGUACUUUUUCAUGGCAUUUGUAAAUACUGACAGCUACCUGCUGGCCUCUAUGGCCAUAGACCGGCUGGUAGCCAUCUGCAACCCCUUCCGUUAUGAUGUGGUUAUGAACCCACAACGCUGCCUCCUCAUGCUGCUGGGUUCUUGUACAAUCUCCCACCUGCACUCCCUGUUCCGUGUGCUGCUCAUGUCCCGUCUGUCUUUCUGUGCCUCCCAUGUCAUUAAGCACUUUUUUUGUGAUACCCAACCUGUGCUAAAGCUAUCCUGCUCUGACACUUCCUCCAGUCAGAUUGUCAUCAUGACUGAGACCCUCGCAGUCAUCAUGACUCCAUUCCUGUGCAUUCUCUUCUCCUAUCUGCGAAUCAUCAUCACUGUACUCAGAAUCAACUCAGCAGCCGGGAAAUGGAAGGCCUUCUCUACCUGUGGCUCCCACCUCACUGUGGUAAUCUUAUUCUAUGGGAGUGCCAUCUAUGUCUAUUUCAGGCCUCUCUCCAUGUACUCAGUGGUGAAGGACCGGGUAUCCACAGUUAUGUACACAGUAGUGACACCCAUGCUGAACCCUUUUAUCUACAGCCUUAGAAACAAAGAUAUGAAGAGGGGUUUGAGGAAAUUAAGGGACAGAAUUCACUCAUAG